AUGUGGAUUCUCGAACUUCUUCCGGAUGAAAUAUUACUUCGAAUUCUUAAGUAUCUUAAUUCAUUCGAUGCAUUAUAUUCAUUUAUGAAAUUGAAUACUCGUUUCGAAAAUCUUUUGAUCGCACAUAAACGUGAAAUAAAUUUAUCUGAAGUAUCGUAUCAACAAUUUUUGUAUUAUUUUGAACAUCUUCUUCCAAAUAUAAAUGAGAUAUUAUAUGCAAUGAAACUAGGUAGUAAGAAAACACCCGGUCAAUUAGGUUUAUUCAUGUCAAAAGUGAGAACAACAAAUCAAUUUACGGAUAUAGAAACAUUAACCAUUGUCGAACCCAAAUUAAAUGAAUUAACGUUCCUAUUAAAAGAGUUUGCAAAUAGGCUUGAAUAUUUAUCAACAUUAUCAUUAAUUAAUCACACUAUUGAUGAUAGUCAAUAUCUAUCAUAUAAUAAUUUAAUUACACAACAGCUAUUCACUCUAAACACAUUACAAAAGUGUUCAAUUUAUACAGAACAAUUUUAUCUUAACUUAUUAGGACUUCAAAUUAUAUCCACUAGUUUAGUCGAUCUCGAAUUAAGUGUACAUCAAGCGAACGAUUUUCUUCAUCUUCUCAAUUAUAUACCAAAUAUUGAAAAUUUGAAAAUAACUAUCGGAUGGUGGAAUCACGAUCGUACUUGUCAAGCAUUCGUCGAUAAAUUAACAGGUGUACCAUUACAAAAAAUAAAAUUAUUUCAUUUACAUUUACAUUCAAUUAUUUUAAUUGAAUUUGAACGUUUUAACAUUAUUCUCAAAAAAGUAUUGAACAACUCAUCUACAUUAAAAAAUUUUUCAUUUUCAAUGAAAUCUUACAAAAGUGAUCAUCUAUUAUUUAUUGAUGGUGACGCAUGGCAGACGAUUUUAUCUAAUUUUUCAUCACUGGAAAAAGUCCAUUUAGAUAUUGAUAUAAUUGUUGAUGAACAAAUUGGACAGAAUUAUUCAUUGGAUAAAUUUUGUACACAAUAUUGGCUAAAACAUAAAUGGCAAUUUAUCUAUUAUUUUAUAAAUAAACGACAACUUAUUGUUCAUUCAAUUCCAUAUGAAAAUCAUUAUUAUAAACUACAAAGAAAAUUUGUAUCAUCAACACAUGAUCUUCCACUUAAAUUCAAUGGAACAACAUCAAAAUUAACUAUUUACUCUAGUGAAUGUUUUAAUCAAUUAUUAUUCGAUAUUUUACCAUUUAUCAAUUGUUUAUCCAUAUCAUACUCAAAAUUAUGCGAACAUCAGCAAGAGAUAAAAAUAUUACAUAGAUUAGUUGAACUUCAUUUACAAUCAUUUUUCAUUGAUGAUAAUCAAUAUGAUUUGGAAAUAUUUUUAAAAAAAUUAACAAAUAUUCAAUGGUUAUAUUUAAAUUUUGAAAAUCAACAUUUGUCAUCAAAUCAAAUAAUUUCAAAAAUUAAACAAAUAUUAUCCAUAGGAAAAAAACUAAGAUGUUUAAACGUGGAAUUUGUAAAGCCUAUUUCGAUUGAGUGGACAGUAGAAUUGAAUGAAAAUCAAAAUCAGAUUGUUUAUUAUGAUGAAAAUAAAAGGUUAUUACAAAUAUGGGUAUAA